AUGGGUCUGCCGAUGGUUCUAGGCCGGUUAGCUGUAUUUCUAUACCUGACUGUACAUUGCGGGGGUUCCUCACCUCCAAACUUCAUCUUGGUGUUUGCUGAUGACUUGGGCUUUGGGGACCUCGGCUGCUUCGGACACCCCAGUUCGCUGACGCCACACCUGGAUGAACUAGCAGCUGGAGGACUGCGAUUCACCGACUUUUAUGUGACCAGCCCUGCCUGUAGCCCUUCCAGAGCAUCCCUUCUGACAGGGCGGUACCAGACUCGUUCAGGGAUCUUCCCGGGAGUGCUGUACCCCGGCUCUAAAGGGGGUCUCCCCCUAAACGAGACCACCAUUGCGGAGGUCCUGAAGCCCCUGGGCUACAACACGGCCAUGAUGGGGAAGUGGCACCUUGGAGUGGGACAAAACGGCACAUACCUGCCCACACGACAAGGCUUUGACAACUACCUGGGAAUUCCCUAUUCACAUGACCAGGGUCCCUGUCGUAAUCUGACAUGCUUCCCUCCCGAUGUGAAGUGUUCUGGUUUUUGUGACCUUGGCGUGGUCAAGGUUCCUCUGAUGCACAAUGAGGACAUUAUCCAGCAGCCUGUGGACUUCCUGAAUCUGGAGACGGCCUACAGCACGUUUGCCAGCAAUUUCAUUAGAGACUCCGCACAGAAGGGCCAGCCAUUUUUCCUCUACUACCCUUCACAUCAUACCCACUACCCCCUGUUUGCGGGGCCCAGGGCAGCUGGGAAGUCCCGGAGAGGGCCGUUUGGAGACGCCCUCCUGGACCUGGACUUAACCGUUGGAGAGAUCCUACACACACUCAAAGAGACCGGUGUCCUCAACAACACGCUCAUCUUCUUCACCUCUGACAACGGGCCGGAGCUGAUGCGCAUGACUCGUGGUGGAAACGCUGGGCUCAUGAAGUGUGGCAAAGGCACCACCUAUGAGGGUGGCAUGAGGGAACCUGCCAUCGCCUACUGGCACAGCCGCAUCUCACCAGGGGUCACUCAUGAGCUGGCCAGCUCUCUGGACAUUCUGCCCACCUUCGCCAUGCUGGCUGGAGCUCCUCCACCCAAAGUGACCUUGGACGGGGUCGACAUGUCCAGCAUCCUGUUCCAACGAGGACCUAGUCAGAGAGAGGCUGUGUUCUACUACCCUACAGACCCCAGUGAGAAAAACGGCGUGUUUGCAGUCAGGAUGGGCAAGUACAAAGCCCAUUACUACACAAGAGGGGCAACCCACAGCGGUACCACCCCAGACAGGGACUGCCACUUCACAGCCUUCCUGACGCAGCACAACCCCCCACUCCUCUUCGACCUGGAGGCCGACCCCUCGGAGAACUACAACCUCUCCCCAGACAGGCACCCCGAGGUGGGCGAGGUGCUCAGCAGCAUACAGCGUCUGCGCGAUGAUUUCCAGACCUCCAUGGUGUUUGGGGAGAGCCAGACGGGGCUGGGCAAGGACCCUGCUCUGGAGCCCUGCUGCAACCCCUCCUGCACCCCCAAACCGGACUGCUGCAGCUGCUGAUGCAUAGGGGAUGGAAGGAAAGAAGCAGAGCAGGCUGGUGUUGUGGAAGACGGACUGAGAAGAGGAAAUAGGAAAAGGGAGAUGCUGUGACACGAAAUGAUUGAAGUAGAGAGUGAUUAACCCAUUUUAGCCUGAUGACUCAUAUAUGUUGUUUGACCUUUGGUGCCUGGAGACAAAUAUAUGCUGCAUUCAGGCUCUUGAGAUUUUAGCUUUUUAAAUAAAAAUGUCGGCAUGUUACAGCUAAAUGAACACAUUCUAAUGUAAGAUGAGAGUCUUAGGGUUUACAUGCAAACAUGUUUCAUGUUUUAUGUGCGUCAGAGUCUAAGAUAUUUGGGUUUUUAUAGGCUGAGGGCAACUUUCCCAACAAGGGCUUAGGCAUUCAGCAGGUGUUUUUUGCAGGUGCUUUAGGCAUCAAUGG